AUGGCCGUAGACAAUGCCUCCUCUGUGACAGAGUUCAUCCUCGCGGGCCUGACCAACCAGCCGGGACUCCAGCUCCCCCUCUUCUUCCUGUUCCUAGGCUUCUACAUGCUCACCAUGGUGGGGAACCUGGGCUUGAUAACCCUCAUUGGGCUCAACUCCCACCUGCAUAUUCCCAUGUACAUUUUCCUCUGCAACUUGUCCCUCAUAGAUUUUAGUUUCUUUAAUGCCAUCGUCCCCAAAAUGCUUUUGAGUUUUGUCUCCAAGAAGAACAUCAUUUCCUAUGCAGGGUGUAUGACUCAGCUCUACUUCUUCUGUUUUUUUGUCUUUUCUGAAUCCUUCAUCCUGUCAGCCAUGGCGUAUGACCGCUACGUCGCCAUCUGUAAACCCCUGUUGUACACAGUCACCAUGUCUCCCCAGAUGUGUUCGCUCCUUCUGUUGGGUGUCUAUGGGAUGGGAGUGUUUGGGGCUGUGGCCCAUACGGGAAAUAUAGUGCUUCUGACCUUUUGUGCCGACAAUCUUGUCAAUCACUAUAUGUGUGAUAUCAUGCCCCUCCUUGAGCUUGCCUGCGACAGCUCUUACAUAAAUUUGCUGGUGGUUUUCAUUGUUGUGACCAUUGGCAUUGGAGUGCCCAUUGUUACAAUUUUUAUCUCUUAUGGGUUCAUUCUUUCAAGCAUUCUCCACAUUAGCUCCACCGAGGGCAGGUCCAAAGCCUUCAGUACGUGCAGUUCCCACCUGAUUGUGGUUUCUCUUUUCUUUGGGUCAGGAGCUUUCAUGUACCUCAAACCACCUUCUGUUUUGCCCCUUGACCAAGGGAAAGUGUCUUCCAUAUUCUACACUGCAGUGGUGCCCAUGCUCAACCCGCUAAUCUACAGCCUGAGGAAUAAGGAUGUCAAAGUUGCCCUAAAGAAAACCUUGAACAGAAAAAUCUUACUUUGA